AUGGAUUUGGAAAUGAUCAGUAUCGAAUUCGAUGCGAAAAGGAUGGUUCGAAUGAGACAAGAACUUCAAAACGUUUUGAGCAGUAACGUUGGAUUGCUUGAAGUAGAAGACCUCGUUUCCAAAGCAGAACGUAUGUGUCAAUUUGAGAAAGAAAGAAAAGGUAAGACUUUAAAAGAUCUGAAAAAGGAGCUAACGGAGCCAACUAUUGCAGACAAUUUCUACUCCCUGUCCGACUACGACGUUCAAAAUGAUAUGUCUUCCACGCCAAAGCUUCGCCGAAAGAUUUCAGUGGAUCAAAGUGCUGAAGCUAUUGAGAUGAUGAUGCUCGGCUUAGGAAACAUUUAA